AUGUUCGGGUCGGAUGAAGAUGAAGUCGGUGGUGCUGACCUGGUAGAAGAACACGAAGAUGUCUCAGAUGAUUGUAAAGUGGAAGAGUUGCUCAGUGCACUAAGUCAAGAUUUGGUUACCAACGGUUUGAGAUCGGAAAGAUUAGGGAAAGUCAGUGAUGGUAAAAUUAGACCCAUUAAAGUUUAUUUGAAAAGUAAAGAAGACGCUGUGGCGAUAUUUAAAAAGAGAAACAGAAUUAGACAUCAAUUUAGUAACGUCCGUAUUUUGUUGGAUCAGACCUCAUCGUCCUCGUCGUCCUCUUCGUCAUCGUCGUCGUCGUCGUCGUCCUCGUCGUCGUCCUCGUCGUCGUCCUCGUCGUCGUCGUCGUCGUCCUCGUCGUCGUCGUCCUUGUCCUCGUCAUCAUCAUCAUCAUCACCAUCAUCAUCAUCACCACCAUCAUCACCACCACCAUCAUCACCACCACCAUCAUCAUCACCAUCAUCAUCACCAUCAUCACCGCCACCAUCACCACCAGCACCAUCACCACCAGCACCAUCACCAUCAGCACCAUCAUCACCAUCAUCACCAUCAGCACCAUCAUCACCAUCGGCACUAUCAUCACCAUCACCAUCAUCAUCAUCACCAUCAUCACCACCAGCACCAUCACCAUCAGCACCAUCAUCACCAUCAUCACCAUCAGCACCAUCAUCACCAUCGAGUGUUAAAGAAAUAAAGAAAAAGAAACCAGCAGAAGCAGCAGAAAGAAAGCGGACCAGCAGCAACAGCAGUAGAAAGAAAACGAACCAUCAGCACCAGCAGCAGAGAGAAAGCGGAAAGACAGCAGCUUCCGAGAGAAAGAAGUACAACAGCAGGCAAGUCCCAGGAAACCAGAUAAAUAAGAGGCCUAGUAGUAGCAGUAGCAGAGAGAAAGUGGAAGUAGUAGCAGGAGCAGGUCCCAAGAAAUUCGUCAGAAUGCGGUAUAGCCGACAGUGUCCAAAAAGCUAUUGA